AUGUACCCCUCGGGCUCUACACAGCAACCGGCUGCCAUAUGCGCCUUGAAAUCUCCUGCCGAUGCCAUCCAUAUUCUAGAAGCAGUGCGACUGGGCUUGGUACCACGCGUUACUCGUCGUCUCACUGGCCAUGAGCGGGCAAUGAUUCGUCCUGGCACCGUCUGGGUGUGGGAGGAAGAAGAGACGAACAUGCGUCGCUGGACAGACGGCCGCCGCUGGGGCGCAUCGCGUGUUGGUGGGGGAGGCUUCCUUGUCUACACAGAGUCAUCAGAUUCCUUAUCACCGCCCCCUUCUCGCCCAGAUUCACCCACCUACAGUCAGUACUAUGGCAAUGGGCGAGAGUCGUCAAAUGGCACCCCUCCUCGCCGUCCCGAACCUCUUGUCAAACAGACGUACUCGACCAGCAUGACCCACCCAGUCACUGGCAAGAUCAAAAAGUUCCACGUCGUUGCCUACUCGUCCAAGCGCAAUCCUCAAGGCGAUGGAUCUAACCCACUACCCCUUCCUCACCAGCUUCCUAACCUCGCAUCCAUCAAGAUAACCCCUGGUAUUUGGCCAGACUGGGAGACACGCCGUGACGACUACAACUCGCGCCGCACGGUUGCGGCCCGGCUCCCUUCCCCACCUCUCCCACCUCCCACCCCGACCCAUCCUCAUGCACCGCCACACCACUUUCCCUCGGGACCCGGAACACCUGUCACUGCGACUGCUACGCCCUAUCCCCCGGCUCCGGAAAUGUACCGGCCUCAGUCGCCAAGCGCCUUCCCUCCCCCACCGCCCGGUUCAGACGGCCGGCCCCCAGAGUCUCCGGGUCCGCAUGAUCACAGAUACCCCCCGUAUCCGCGAUACGACAUGUACGGCCGUCCGCCUUUCCCGUACGACAUGUACCCACAUCCAGACCCAUACUUUGACCGGUAUCGUCCUUACUACGGCCACCCGCGCGACUACCCUGCCUCACACAUGCCACCUCCUGAUUACCGGUUCGACGAAAGAGACAGAUUCUAUAGCCGCGACCGCAGCAGAGGCCCUCCUGGCGAGGACCGCAAACCGCUUGGUGACGAGCGCGACCCACGGGCCGACUCGCGUGAGACCCGCGACCCGCCCGAGCCUCGCGAACCUCGUGAGGGUGGGGACGCCAACGAGCCUCGUGGUCGUGAACCUCUCCGCGACGCCCGUGAUGCACCUCGCGAUCCCCGCGACGUCCGCGACCCUCGCGACUCUCGAGACCCCCGUGACGGACCGCCUCGUCUAGACGACCGCGAGUACGUUGCUCGCUACUACGCAAUCAUGCCACCCCAUCCUUACGACCGCGACCCUCGCUACAUGCAUCACCCCCGCGAUUACCCUCCUAUGAUAAGAGACCCACGCGGGGACCCUCGCGCGCACCCGAUCUCGCCUGACCGUGAUCCUCGUGAUCCUCGCGACCCUCGCGACCCUCGCGACUACCAUCGGGACCCCCGUUUCGCGUAUCCUCCUCCGCAGCAUGAUGGCUACCCGCCUUACCCUCCACGCCCUUCGUCGUCCCACCUCGGCAAGCGCACUCCUGAGACGCGGCCUGGUGACGAGGUUCCGGCUGACAAGCGCCCGAUGUGGUCUACUCACAGCGGUGGACCUGCUCCCCAGCGGGAAGGUGAAGAGCCCUCGGCCAAUGCGCCGGAUGCAGAUCGUCCUCCUACCCGUGGCACUGAGGCCCGUGGAGCUGCGUCAAGGGAAGGAUCAGCCGCCACCCAUGGCCGCUCGCGCUCACCUGCCCGCACGUACACGAACGGCAACAACAAAGGCCUCAAAUGCACCAACGGUUCGACUGCCAACGGGUCGGCAAAUGGCGAGGAGGAGCCCACGCGAUCGCCUCGCGGUGAGGGCAACUGGGGCCGAGUCCCCGCUUAG